UGCAAAAAAACAAAAAAAUCAGGAAGGGGGCCAACACUUUUUCACACCACUGUAUAUGGUUCACCAUUGAUCAGUCCAGCCUUGUCUCUGUAUGUCGCUCAUACACUAGGGUUUACCAUCGAGAGGUCUGGCAUACUUUCAUCAGAAUUUUGAAGUGUCAUAGUUAACAGGAAGUGGUUGUGUCUCAGCUGACACCAUUAUUACAGAAGGCAAAGAUAGAUACAGAUCAGUUUCAGAAUAAACUAUUUCCAUACCCAGUUAACUUAUGCAUCAAUAAUGUUGUGAUUACAAAUAAUUCAGCCUGCUUUGGAUUCAUUUUUUUUUUAGACGUGAAUAACACUGAAUGACUGAGAAUCAAUGUUUUCUUUUUAAUUUAGGUUUUUCUGGUUCCUUGUCCCAAUUUUGUUUUUAUAUCUUUACAUUUAUUAAAUGACUCUCUUUCAUGUAUUUGUGGUCCAAAUAACAGGUAUCUCCAUCCCCCGUUUGUCAUGGAAUUGGCAAUUUCCAUGUCAUUUGAUAUAAAAGGUCCAUCCCUAUAGGGAAAGGAUCCUUGUGUACAUUUCCUCUUGACCAACCAGCAAACAUAAACAUACUAAUGCACGAGAGGAAGGGGAAAAAACUGUGGCCUCACACCUUUCAGUUGACUUUACAACUCAGGCCUAGACCUAGAGCAGUUCUCUGAAUAUAUUGAAGGAAGUUCAAGGGUGUCACUUAAGUAUGCAAGUCAUCAUAUGGUUAGAAGAGCCGUAAAAAGGGUAAAACUUCAACGGUUUCUGAGUGUAUAAGAGCUGCUCUACAUGAAAGAGACCUACAGUAGAGAUCAUUCCCAGAACAGGAGAACAUGAGACUCUAUCUAGCAGUCUUUGCGCUCCUGGCAGCAGUUCACUGCGAGGAGCUCAUUAAUGGAGACCAAGUUCUAAGAAUCAAUGCAGAAUCUGAAGACCACAUUCAGAUUUUGAAAAUGCUGGAAAGAGACGUGGAUUCUGGGCUGGAUUUCUGGACUCAUGCCGUCUCUACUGAACGACCUGUUGACAUCCGUGUGCCUCAUUCCAGUCUGCAUGCUGUCAAGGACUUCCUCAAGAAAAACAACAUCCCUUUCACUGUCAUGAUCAACAAUGUGCAGGAACUUUUGGUCAGAGAGAGAGAAGAAAUGGUUCGCAAUGCAGAAAUAGAAAGCAAGACCAAAAGUUUCAGCUUUGCUGCUUAUCAUGACCUGGAAACUAUUUAUAAUUUUAUGGACACGCUUGCAAAUCACUCUAAACUGAUCUCUAAAGUGAAGAUUGGCAGCACUUAUGAGAACCGUUCUAUGUAUGUCUUGAAGUUCAGCACUGGUGGAGUGAAAAGACCUGCAAUCUGGAUUGAUGCUGGAAUCCAUGCGAGGGAGUGGAUUUCUCAUGCGACUGCAGUGUGGCUUGCUGACAGGAUUGCCACAGACUUUAAGGAAAACCGUGCCCCUGUGCCCAGUAUCCUUAGUAAAAUGGAUAUUUACUUGAUGAUUGUGGCCAAUCCUGAUGGAUAUGUCUUCACUCACCGCUCUUCCAGUCCGCUUUACCGUUUCUGGUGUAAGAGCCGGUCUGCGACCUCUAACCCCAAAUGCCAAGGUGUCGACCUCAACAGAAACUGGGAUGCUGAAUUUGGUGGUACAUUCAUAUUGUUGUUUUCUCUUGUUGCAACAGAUUCGAAUGACUUUGCUUUAUUAAAUGUGCCUACAUUUUCUCUAGGUCCUGGAGCAAGUGAUGACCCCUGCGCUGAAGACUACCGGGGUCCUUCUUCUCAAUCUGAGAUCGAAGUGAAAAACAUUGCAAAAUUCAUCAUGAGCCACGGCAAUUUCAAAUCCUUCAUGACCCUUCACUCUUACAUGCAGUUCUUAAUGUAUCCUUAUGGCUACAUCGGCAUAGAUGCUCCUGACUGGCCAGAACUGCAUGAUGUGGCCACAAAGGCAAGCAAAGCCCUCAAUUCCUGGCAUGGCACCGUUUAUAAAGUUGGAAGCAUCUUCCACACUAUUGAUCAAGCUAGUGGUGCAAGUGUUGACUGGGCUUACCUACGUGGCAUCAAAUACUCUUUUGCUUUCGAGUUGCGUGACACUGGUGAAUAUGGAUUCCUCCUGCCUGCCAACCAGAUCGUUUCCACUGCAAGGGAGACAUGGUUUGCUCUCAGAUACAUUAUGAAAUAUGUUUGUGAUCACCCUUACUGAGAGAAAUGUACUAAAGCUUCAGUAAAGGUCCUAGAGGAUAUAUGAAAUGUGUGCCGUUUCAGAUAUUACGCUUCAAUGUUGUCCAAAUAACUCAGUUUUGACAGAGAUCUAUUACAUCCCAAAUGCCACUCUUCAACCAAAACCCAUCUCUUCAGUCAAAAUUUUUUUUUUUUCAAAUUUCUCAGAUCCAAAUCUUUUGCCUUUUGUCUUGUGUAACUUCAACUGUCUUUUGGCGCCUCUUAGAAUGACUACCUACCUAUGAACUGUUUUGAUGUUUUAAGCACAGUUUAAACAAAAUGUCUAAAUCUAUAAUAAACU